AUGCCAUCAUCGUCUACUGACAGCGACUCGACAAGUUCUACUGGGUCGAAGACAAAUAAAUUCCUCAAGAAGUUGCAAAACAAGACGUUUAAUAAGCACCAUGAACGUGAUGAUCAGCUUCCAAAAAGUAACGGUCAAGCCAACCAUUUUAAGUCCAAGGACAAAUCGCAUAAUAUAUUAAGACAUUUGAAGCCUAGUCAUUCACAUGUCGUAGAAGCUCCUCAAAGACAUAGCUCGUCUGACAGUUACGGACCGAAGGGCAAGUUGGCAAAAUCAAAUACAAGUUUGGGCCAUUCUAUAAUAUCAAAGUCAAACAAGAAUAUGAACGAUCUUUUGGGAACGUCGGGCAACGUUAUUGCUUCGCCAAGAGAUACCACAGUUCCCAGACCGACCGCAAAAUUGGGACUUCCUUCUGUGGAGGAAUACAAACCAAACAAGCCCCAGAAACUUGAGUACAAUCCUUUUGGAAUCAACAAUAGCGGUCUUCAAUUCAGCAAUUCGUCGUCUCAAUCGAAAAAGUCUCGCACUUUUGAUGCAGUUGAUGAUGAUACAAAUGUGCUACCAUAUCCUGUAGAUAUGCCCAAUGAUCACCUUCCCGAUGAGUUUAAGUUGGAACAUCAAGUUUUAUUUGAUGAAUAUCAGUUUCCAAAGGACGAGCCAGGCAAUAUAGGAUCAGGAGCUUCUUCAUCAGUUAGAAAAAUCCAUAAAAUCAACAAGCCCAAAGAAGUGUAUGCAUUAAAGAAGUUUGUGUUAUUCAAGGGCGAAACACCUAGCGAGUUUUACCAGCGUGCGUCCAAAGAAUAUAUCAUUCAUAGAAACCUCUUCAAUGGGCUCCAUAUCGUGAAAUGCUAUGCGCUUAUCAGAAUCCCUCACCAGCAAAACCUUACGAGAGGCUGGGGUUUUGUUCUGGAGCUGUGUAAAGCAGACCUUUUUACCGUCAUGACCUCCCCUAACUGGUCUCUCACGACACCAGCAGAAAAGUUGUGUCUGUUCAAACAAACGGCUUACGGGAUCAAGUAUAUGCAUGAAUGUGACAUUGUCCACCGAGACAUCAAGCCAGAGAACAUUUUGUUGACUGCUAGUGGCUGUGUUAAACUCACAGAUUUUGGUGUUUCUGAUUAUGGACACCAGAUUCCUGGCGAUUUUAGCUCGGACAUCAAAUAUAGUACACAGCUUGUCGGAUCGCCUCCUUACCAGCCUCCCGAAGUUGAAGCACUGCACGAUGUGCCCAUGUCCAAAAGAACUCCUUAUAAUCCUUUCAAAAUGGAUCAUUGGGGACUGGGGUUGCUACUUUUCGUUCUCUUCUACGGCGGUACACCGUUUGCAGAAAGCUCGAGAAAAACAUGUCCGCAGUAUCGAGAUUAUGAAAUCUCUUAUUCUCAGUUGUGCUCGAAAAAUCCUUCCUUUAGAAAGAAUGACUAUACCAAAUGUCCUGCGAUUGAGUCUCGAUUUGCCAAAAGGUUUUCAGAUCCAGGUGUUGCUAGAAUUGCUUGGCGUCUAGCAGACCCCCAAGCAUCCACCAGAUAUACUCUUUAUGACCUUUUCAAUGACCCAACUUUCCAACAAGCUGAGAUGUGCAUUGAUGAAAAUGAGUACGAAUGCAAUUUUUUCCAUCACCCAGACUCAAACUUUAAAGGCAGGUUCGAGUAUGGCCACAAUAGCUCCUCGGCAUCUUCCCUUGAUUCGUCACAUUCUGUUUCCCAUUCAUCUGCAUUGGCUCCCAAAAGUUCUUCCAAUAUGAGCUCCCUAGCUUCUGCUAGGUCAAGAGCGUCAACUAUUCAAUCGGUGGCUCGUACAUCAAGUAUGCUUGAUGUAGGCAAGCCCAAAAAACAACUUUCAUCCAUGGUGGAUAUAGCUGUGGCUAAUGAAUUGCCAAAACACGAGGAUUUAGAGGAAAGAAAGCAAAACUCAUCUUCUUCAUCUUUGUAUUCUCCAGAUUCCCCUCUGACCAUUUCUGUUCAUUCGAAAUACCAGGGAGAAAAGCCGAAUAUUGGCAAACUUUCACUCAAUAGUCCUGUAAACGCGCAGGAUGAGAAAGAUGAUGUGGGCGAUAACCAAGAAGAAGCUACCCCUCAAACAGAAUAUUCACCAGAAUUGAAGUCUACAGGAAUGUCUAGAGCAGCAUCCGUGGUGACGCUUGAUUCUCUGUGUACCAUAGAUGGACCACACCCCAUUAAACUUCAGGAUAAUGAAAUCUUCAAGGUCAUACCUUCUGACGUGAUAUGCAAAUGCGGAGGGACUAAAAAGAACCAUAACCAUUUCCAUAACAAAUAG